UCUCAAUGAUUUCACCAGCCCUGAGCGCCUUCAAUGCUGUUGCUGCUGACGGUCAGAAUCAACUCAAAGUCAAAUCUCUUCCCUCCUAGUGACUCCUUUUUAGUUAUGCUCGUGGUUAGGGCGCAAGCAUUCUGUCGAUGGGGAGUCAGGACCUUAAUUGCCCUAACAUUGCUCAUUACCGCCAUAAUAGCCGUUGCGCUAACAAUUAUAUACGUGGUGACGAGUAAACCUGGAGAUGCGUAUGUGUAUAAGGGGGAAGAAUGCGUGAGUAUCGCUUAUGGGUUAUCCAUGGUCUAUCAGCUUUUAUUGAUGUCCUUGAUACUGCACAAACGCUUCAAAUUUUACCAACGGGAUACUACACCAUUGGUUGCUAAUGUAUAUCGGGAUGGUGUGAUUUAUGUGCUAUGCAUUGCUCUGGCCUCGAUGGUGAAUUGCAUCGGCAUUGCUGUGCUUCCUGAACCAUACACUUUUCUUUUCUAUAGCCCGCAGGCAGUCGUGUAUAGCGUGAUUUCUUCACGCAUACUGUUCAAUCUACGAGAAACAAGCGAAUCGCAGGAUGACGUUGUAUUCAGCUUGGGGAUGGUUUUUUCUCAACCAGUCGGAAUCUCAUCUACAGUGGAUCAUUUGGAGCUGGAGGUUAUUGAGACUGCAUAGUACUUGUGACUCAGUUUUGAUUAUGGUUAUAGCUCCCCUUUGUUAGAUAUAGCCUACGUACUACGUACCAUUGUUCGUGGAUAGCAUCCAUCCCAUUACGCUCACUUGAUGCUUUGACAUUCAUCGUUGCCUUCCCUCGGUCUUCUAGUAGAGGGUACGUCCAUUCGUUCAUAGUUAUACGGUACCACCCAUACUGGAUUGUAUAUGAACAUUACAUAUGUCGAGGUAUUUUUUCACCCCUGACGUACACGACAGCGCUGUGUUUCCAGCCCUUGAA